AUGAUAUCUCUUAGGAAACUUCCUCUAUUCAUCUUUGUUGUAUACUCCUGGCAAUGUUCCGGCAACUAUGUGAGUGCAUUAAGCACAUUAAACGAUGAUGAUGCUACUUCUAUGGAAAGUCUAUUUACCAAAGUGCAGAAGACCAAAUUUGAUAAGAAUGGGAACUCUGACAAAUUAACCAAUUAUGACAAUUCCAUGGAAAGUCUAUUUACCAAAAUGCAGAAGACCAGAUUUCCCCACUAUUCUGAUGACUUGUCCACGAAUUAUGACACUUCUAUGGAAAGUCUAUUUACAAAAGUGCAGAAGACCAGAUUUCCCCAAUAUUCUGAUGACUUGUCCACCAAUUAUGACACUUCUAGGGAAAGUCUCUUUCCCCAAAUGAGAGAUGUUCAUGGUGAUGACCAUGACUACUUCCACCAUAAUGGUCGUCAUCAUCCUCAUCAUCAACAUCAUCAUAAUGGUCAUCAUUAUGAUGACAAAUCAACGAAUUAUGACAGUUCCAUGGAAAGUCUCUUUCCCGAAAGGAGAGAUUUUCAUGGUGAUUAUGAAGAUACUAUAACCACAGACACUUACUCACAAAAAGGUGGAUACGUGGACAAACAUAACUACAAUUUUGGCGAAGAUUUCUAUCAUGUAAUGUACAAAAAUAAUGGAUAUGAAAAGACAAAGGCAAAGGCCAAAACAGGAGUGCAUUUACCCAUGUUAGAUGAAUAUCCCACAGAGGAACAUGAAUAUUAUAACAAUUCUAAAAAUGGUAGAAGAAUUAAUAGUAUAAAGCAGAAAAUAUACAGGAAUAUGCCUUUUAUACGCAAGUUUUUUAACAAAAUUGAUGCCAAACUCGAAUCAGAAAUUAGACGUUAUUUAAACAUUAAGGAGAAAGAAAAACAUUAUUAUCCAGUCAGAAAAGUAAAUGGGACACGAAAAUUUUUUAAUUUUCUCAGCAAGUACAGAGUGUUCGUCCUGCUUGGUGUGGUCGGAAUAGUUUCCUCGCUAUCUCCAGUAUUACUACGAAUAGUGGAAUUAUAUGGCGUAUCGCCUUCCCUGUCUCUUCUAUCCGGCUUAGCUGCAUCUGCAGGAAUAAUUACCUGCAUGGUAUUUAUUCCCAUAUAUUAUUUUUUGCCUUUUAUGAUUGCUGCUUUGGUCUUCGGUGGAUAUGAUUUUUUGGUAUUGUACUAUACGCGUAAAUUAGACAAAAUAAAGCGUUCAAGGGAACAGUUCGAUAAAUCAUUCCCGAAAGUGGAAUGGAAAAAAAUUAAGGGCUACUAA